UUUUUUUUUUUUUUUUUUUUUUUUUUUUUCAGUCGUGGGAAUAUACAUCAAGGAAAACAAUGAAGCAAAGCCAAGCAAGCAACUUUGUAUCAAGGCUGUCUAUCUAGGUCUUCAAAGAAGGCAAAGAAGAGAGACAAUUGUCGUCUCUCCUUUCUAAUGUAUCUUCUCAGCUCUGUACUCACACAUUGGAAUUAAAGAAGAAAGAUACAAUACAGUAAAAUACAAUACAACCGAAAGUUAAGAUGUUAUAAGCUGGCCAUAUAUAAAGUAUGCUCUGAAUGUAAUUCAAUCCCAAUUUAGUUCUUCUUUUCCAUACAAAAAUGACAGGAUUAAGUCAAUCAGAUCACGCACCUCCAUCGUCCGAUCAGUCAAAUCAAGUCGAUCAACCAGAUGGAUUAGAAGAACCAAGCAAAGUCGCUGAGGAUUCAGACUUGAAUAAUAAUUCGCGGGUUGUGAGUGCUAAGUAUUCGCAUUUAUGCUCUCUCUUUUUUUUUUGCUCACCUUUAUCCAGAAAGAUUGCAAUUGAGAAGCUGUAAGUGAUGGGUAUCCCAUUUAGCUGUUACUUUGGAACUUCAAAGGUUCUUGUUUUCCAAAUCACUAACUUUUCAUAGUCAGCACCAUCUUGAUGAAUCGUCAGUUACUCCUUUCCAAGGCUCUGACAGAAUUUCCCGUUUUGAGAUACA